AUGUCCCUCAGCUUCGUCACCCUCGAUGUCUUCACAUCAACCCCUUAUUCCGGCAACCCCCUAGCGGUAGUCUUCCUAGACAUCCAAGCCAUAACCCAAUCCCAAAAGCAAACCAUUGCCCGAGAAUUCAAUCUCUCAGAGACCAUCUUCGUGCACCCCGCACAAUCGCCAACCAAGCGCACAAUCGACAUCUUCACAACAGACUGCGAAAUCCCCUUCGCAGGCCACCCCACCAUCGGCGCCGCGUCGUGGUUCCUAACACACUCACCAGAAAAGGGUGUGACCACUCUCGCUACCAAAUCGGGGGAUAUUCCUAUUUCCGUUCAAAAUAAGGAAACAAACUAUGUUGCUGCGCAGAUCGCGCACAAUACGCGUAUUCACGCCGCGCGAUUCGAAUUGUCAGAGCUCCUGCGGCUGCAUCCGACCCUGAAGCCGUUUUUGAGGGAGGGGACUACAUUCCCCUUGUUUUCGAUUGUGAAUGGUAUGAGUCAGUUGUUUAUUGAGUUGGAGACGUUGGAGGCCUUGGCGGCUGUGACGCCUGCUACUGGCGGUGAGCUGAUUUCUGCUGCUGAGACGCAGCAUCUGGAUGAGGGUUGGAGAGCUGGGCUGGUGUGUGUUUAUUUCUUUGUGAGAGAUGUUCAGGACGAGGUCCUGGGGAAGAAGGUCAUUCGAUCACGCAUGAUGCUGGGUACUUUGGAGGAUCCGGCGACUGGAAGCUCGGCUAGUGGGUUGGCGGCUUAUUUGGCGCUUACUGAGGGCCAGGCGGGCCAGAAGGUUGAGUAUCAUGUUGUGCAGGGUGUUGAGAUGGGUCGGCGGAGUGAUAUUGGGGUAGACGUUACGCUGGAUGCGGGGAAGAAGGUCGAGGAGGUUGUGCUUACAGGAACUGCUGUUAGUGUGUCUGAGGGUAAGGUGCGGGUUCCUCCGGCUUGA